UUGGGAUAACCCAGAGGUCAGCCGUAAGUAUCCCGAGAAGGGGGGGAAUCACUAAGCACGAGAUGACCGGCCGGCGAACGCUGUUAGUUAGUUGAUCCUCUGGUUUGUGUCUAUUUAGGAAAAUAAAUUCUACUUGACAAUAAAUAUGAAGAAGAAGUAUGCCCUCUUGGGGCUAAUAUUAUUUUUAACAGUUCAAAGCAGCGUGUCUGCGAGAUCAACAACCACUGAAGAACCGGCAUCUUUAGUUAUAUCAACACAAGAAUCUGCUGUCUCUGCUCAAAAUGAAGUGGGCGGUGAAAAUGAAAAGGAUGAAGGUCCUGUGCUUCCUAAGAUAUACCAGAUGAGAGUAGACACGAACAUAUCAAAUCGCUAUGCUAAAACACUUAUAACCAGUAAAGUGAAGAACUUAAGUCCGAAAUCACAAGAGGCUACGUUCUCAAUCGUGACGCCAGAUAAAGCCUUUAUUUCUGGAUUUGUCAUGGAAAUUGAUGGAAAGAAAUACGAAGCCUAUGUAAAAGAGAAAGAGGAAGCCAAGAAGACUUACGACGAGGCUGUAUCUAGUGGAUUUGGUGCCGCUCAUGUAGCAGUAAGCGCGAGAGAUUCCAACAGAUUCACGGUAUCUGUAAAUGUGGAGCCACAAAGUAAAGCUACAUUUUAUCUUACCUACGAAGAGCUUCUACUGAGGACUAGCAACAAAUACGAGCUAGUUCUUAACAUUCAACCAGGACAGCCUGUUAAAGACUUAGAUGUUGUGGUCAAUAUUGCUGAAUCCCGUCCGCUGAAAUUCGUAAAAGUGCCGUCUCUGCGAUCCGGGAACGAGAUUUCCAAGAACGACUCCAAAAUCGAUCCGGAAGCUGACAUUAAAACUGUCAACGAGACUGCAGCCGUGGUCACUUUCAAGCCGGACAUUGCCAAACAAAAACUACUGGCCAGCGGUCUGGGUGGGGAAGAAAAGAAUGGACUUAGCGGUCAGUUUGUUGUGGAGUACGAUGUGGUCAGGGAUCCUCAAGGAGGAGAGGUUUUGGUCGAUGGAGGAUAUUUUGUGCACUUUUUCGCUCCUGAAGAGUUGACGCCAAUCAAAAAACAAAUCAUAUUUGUUUUGGACACCAGCGGUAGCAUGUCAGGCACAAGAAUAUCUCAAUUAAAGGACGCAAUGAAAAGUAUCUUGGGAGAACUUCACCCGGAAGACACCUUGAGCAUUGUUGAGUUUAGUUCAGAAAUUAAAGUAUGGAAUAUUGAGACAGAGCGAGUGACCUACAAGGAAGGCGAAUCUCCCUUUUGGGGUGGUUAUAAUAAACCUCCAGUCGAAAAGCUGGACAUUCUUCCCGAAUCAGUGGUAGCAUCUCCUGAAAAUAUUAAAAAGGCCACAGAAGUAGUCAACAAACUUGAUGCCUUCGGUGGUACCGAUAUUCUGACAGCUUUGAAAGUCGGCUUGAAGGUAGUGGGUACCAAUAAGAACCCACAACAAAACCAUCCAAUCAUAGUGUUCCUUACUGAUGGUGAACCGACAGUUGGAGAGGUUUCAACUGAGAAAAUUAUUUCUACAAUAACCGAACUCAAUUCAGGGCAAGUUCCAAUAUUCUCUCUCUCAUUUGGAGACGGAGCAGACAGGGCAUUUUUACAGAAACUAUCUCUGAAAAAUGAAGGUUUCGCAAGACACAUUUACGAAGCUGCCGAUGCCAACUUGCAGCUGGAAAACUUUUACAAACAAAUAUCUUCUCCAUUAUUAACUAACGUCACCUUUAAGUAUGUGGACAACAAUAACGUAUAUAAUAUAUCUAAACAGAAAUUCCCAAUUUUCUUUGCUGGGAGUGAAUUGUAUACCACUGGAAUUUAUGAUGGUUCUGAUUUUCUACCACCUGGCGUUGAAGCCUGGGGCAUUAAUGGGCCAAUUAUUCUUAAACCGAAAGUCUAUCAAGCAACUGGAAAUUUAGAACGACUAUGGGCUUACAUGACAGUAAGACAACUGUUACAGCAACGCGAAGUUGAUAAGGAUAAGGAACCAGCCACCCAAGCUGUAUUGAAAUUAGCUCUAAAAUAUUCAUUCGUGACUGACGUGACGUCUUUAGUGGUUGUUAAACCCAACGAAACUUCUGCAGUUAACACCGAAGAUGCUGCAAAAGACACCUCUAGAUAUCCAUAUUCAAUGAACUUACCCAAAAGUGGCGUAGCUUUGAAAGCUGGUAGUCCAAAUUCAUAUCCCGUUUCUUCUUUAUAUUCUGCGCGAUCAGGGAUUACAGGUCGAUUUGCCGCAUUGGGACCUUCUGGUUUUUCGGGAAUGCCCAUGUACCAAUUUGCAGCUCCACAAUCGAUACAUGCUAGUGGAUUUGGCGGUACAUCGUCCGCUGGCUUGCCAGGUCUGGCAGGUUACAGGACAACACCUUUAUAUCCUAGAGCGCCACCACAAUACGCCAGUACACCCUCCCCUACUUUACAAAUUGAUUCUGGAGUUGGUAUUCGUACUGAGGAAGAAAAUUUUGAUAUUACCGAUAUUUCUCCCACUACAACGCUAGCUGAAAGCAGUUCACUUCCCUGGCUUAAGGAUGUAUUGAAUGAAAAUGGAACUAUCACUAUUAAUGAAGCAACGUAUCCAUUGGGCCAGAAUGAAACACUUGGACUUGGUGAUACUUGCACGAAUUCUGUGAACACCACUAAUGGACAGUGCACGUUGUUGCACGAAUGUAAAGUUAUCCAAAGUUAUUUGACAGAUUUUGCAACAUACAAACAACAUUUUUGUGAAAUUAAAGGAUUUGCCGGUGUUUGCUGUCCGUUACCUCAGCCAUGAAGAGUCACUGCAUGACACAGCGAUAAGAAUAAAUCAGGAUCGACCUAAUUUGUGAUGGUUGUGAAAUAAUACAAUAUUAUAAUAUACCUACAUUUUCCUGUAUCUAUGUACCUAAUAAAGAAUAACUUAUUUUUUAGCCAGAAUACAUAGACAUUAUAACAGUA